AUGGCAAGAAGAGCAUCCACAUCCCUUCCAUUUCAUGUUGGUGGUGUUGAGGAGGAGGAGAAUGGGCCUACCUUCUUCAAGAUCAUAAAGCCUGGAUUCAACACUGAGCAUUUAGUAAGUGAUUUCAAGCCCUACCAUCUCUUCAACUUCAUGAAUCCUGCUCUGAAUAUUAUUGCUGUUACGAGAAUCCCACCUGCGUUUCGGAAGCAUGUAUCACAUGAACUCACUAAGAGAGCAAUCUUGAAAUUGAAGAAUUCAUCAGAAUCUUCCUGGACUGUUAUAGUAAGUAAAACAGGAAGGGACAUAUAUUUAAAGGAUGGCUGGCAGGAGUUUUUAAGAGAUAACGCCCUAGGUGAUUCUGAGUUCUUAGUGUUUAGGUAUGACAAACAUAUGCAUUUCACCAUUAAUAUUUUUGACAAGAACUGUGUCGAAAGAGUGAAUGUCGCUGACCUCAGAGCAUGUGAAUCAUCCAUCUUUUCAGACAGUUCUAAAAGGCCUUUGGCAAGACCACCAACAGGUAAUCAUCGAUAUGACUUGGUUGCGGAAGCUGCUAAGGGACUUAAAUCCAAAGGUGAACACCUUCCAAGUUGUGCAGCUGCUGCAGCUUUCAAAUCCAAAUUUCCUUGGUUUACAAAAGUUCUUAAAAAAUCGAGGAUGGUGGCAAUCCCCACACACUUCUACAAGAUAAUGUUUCCUUCAAGAAAAUAUGAUAACAUUUUCCUGGUGACUUCAAAGGGAAAAUUCACAGUGACGCUUAUUACUUGCGCUAAUACAAUGAUGUUGUCUGGAGGGUGGUCUUCCUUUAGAAAGGCUAACCUACUCCAGGUUGGUGAUAUCUGCAUCUUUGAGCUCGUGAAAGAAAACACCAUGAAGGUUCACAUUUUCCGAAACUGA